CUUCGCACAAGCCGUGUAGCUUUUGAUCAAAACUGUACACAGUGUAGGCAGUAGAAUAAUCGUUUAUGUAGAAAAAAACGUUGGCUAGAUUUAAUAGCUCUUUCCUCGUGAUCAUUGCACACUGAAUAAAAGCAUACACGAUUUGUGAAAUAAAUGACUGUCGCCCUGUGUAUAAGGUAAUCUUUUCUCUCUUCUGAUGAUGUUUAGAAGACAUUGGCAUGAUUCUUAUACAAGAUGACAUCUGGACAAGACGUAAUUCGAGAUUGAAAUCAAAAGAUAAGAUGGCUCUACCAGUCCUCCCAAAGAAGAUCCGUCGCACAGUUAUUUUCCUUGUGGCCCUCCUUAUUGCAAUCUAUGCUCUUCAUGAAACAUCGUCCUACUUCAGCGAGUCCUCUUUCAACAAUAGCAGCAACAAGGUAACAAAUCCUCGCUUCUUGGUAGAUACGCCGCUGUGUAAAAUACCCUACAUUGAUCCGUUUGAUAUAACGUUGAAAUACCUUGUUCGCAAGACUGAUAAAUGGAUCUGCCCUGUGGAGAAAGGCUUGACGUAUCAAACGGGGAAAGAGAUCAGUAUCAACUGGACCAUAGCUAGAUCUAUGAAUGUAAUAGGUGGUGUGAAGUAUUGUACUUUUACGCCACUGUAUAGACCAAACUAUACACCGACCCAUAACAAUUACUUAAGGUUCCUGGCAGAAAGUGCUCCAUUCCAUAGUUCAGUUACAGUUAAUGAGGAGUUUGUAAAGACUACUUGCUACGACGGAAAUGAGAAAAAUAUUUACAACAACUUCCAUGCGUUUAUUCAGAGAAAUGCGUCAAUGGAUUCUGUAUACAAGGAACGGUUUCUGAAGCAUGUGAUACGAGACAAGAUCACAGAGAAGCUCAACAUAAUGAUGAUAGGCAUGGACUCUGUAUCAAGACUGAGCUUUAUCAGACAGAUGGUAGAAACCAAGAAAUUCUUAGAUGAAACCAUGGGCGCUUUUGAUAUGUCUGGUUACAAUAAAGUUGCUGACAACACAUUUAUCAACAUAGUUCCAAUGACGAUGGGCAAGUUUGUCAGUGAAAUGCCAUGGGAUGAAAGCAAAUCGGCAGUUCCGUUUGACGAUUUUAAGUUUAUUUGGAAUAAUUUCUCUGAAAGUGGGUAUCGAACAUUUUAUGCGGAAGAUGCGCCUGAAAUAUCAAUCUUUGAUUUCCUAAAAGCAGGCUUCAAGACUCCCCCAUCGGACCAUUUUAACAGACCUAUGAGUAUUGCCAUGGAGCUGAAGCAAGAUCUCUGGACAAAUAACCAUCACUGUUUUCAAGAUAGGCUAGAGACCGAUAUCGUACUGCAGUACCUCCUUGACUUUGUAGAAACCUACCAGCACGAGCCUCAUUUUGCUUUCACGUUCAUUACAAGACUCUCACAUGACGAUGUCAACAGCGCUGGGGCAGCAGAUGAACCUUAUUACAAGUUCUUCAAAAUAUUGCAUGAGAGAGAUCUUAUUAGAAACACGGUUAUUUUCUUUUAUAGUGACCAUGGAAUGCGGUUUGGAAAAAUUCGCGAAACUUACAUAGGUAAGCUGGAAGAAAGGCUUCCCUUAAUGUACGUUGUAGUGCCCAAGUGGUUAACUGAAAGUUAUCCAUUUAUUAAAAGUAAUCUACAGAUAAAUCAGCAUAGAUUGACAACACCGUUUGACGUGUAUGAGACGUUGUUGGAUAUUUUGCAAUUCAAUGGCAAGAAACCCAAUUCAGAGAGUGAAACUCGUGGCAUUAGCUGGUUUAGGGAAGUUCCAAUUCAAAGAUCAUGUGACGGGGCAGGGAUUCUUCCCCAUUGGUGCACAUGUCUGCAUCACGAGAAACUUCAAACAACAGACGAAGUUGUCCUGAAAGCAAGUGUUGUUUUGCUGUCAGAGAUUUUGAAAGAAAUCGAACCCUACUUUGAUAUUUGUGAAACGCUGACAUUGUACAAAGUUAUAGAAGCGACUCGUUUGGUAGAAUCAGAUGAAGUUUUGAGGUUUUUAGCUACAAAAACCAGCACAACAGAUCAGAGACACAUUUUUGGUAGUAAAACAAAAACACUGGAAGAUAUCCAGGUUGUGAUAGAAACUGUUCCUGGAAAUGCCCUGUUUGAAGCAACUGUGCGAUUCAGCACGAUGUACAACAGUUUUAAGGUUGUUGGCGAUGUUAGUAGAAUAAACAUCUACGGCCAUCAGUCGGACUGUAUUGAGGUCUUCAAAUUGAAGAAGUACUGCCAAUGCAAGGAUUCCAUUAAGUAAAUUUUAACAUUGUUUUUAUUAAACAGGACCCUUCUCAUACUAAAAUAAACACAUCAAACUGGCGUAUAAAAAACUAAAGCAAAUUUAGGCUUUCACUGGCUUAUAUUUUAUCAUACAUACGGUAUCACAUGCUCAACCAAUCAUUUUGGGAACACUGUUAACUCUGCUGCAAAAGGUUAGUGUUAAUUGUUAAUAUACCUGUAAGAGUAAUAAUACACCAUAUGGAUUAUUCCAUAUAUAUUGACUAU